UGUGUGUGUGUGUGUGUUUUGAUGUACAGAAAUGGGAGGAAAAAAGCUGUUGUAAAGUAAGUGUCCUAUUUUGUAUUUUUCUAAAUAAAUAUUUGCCAUCCACUCAGUGUCCUCACGAGAACAGACUCAUUACGUUACACAGGUUUGGUGUCAAAUAGUUGCACAGGUGACGUGGCUCAUUUGUGUCGGGUGUGUUUUCAUGCCUGGCAUGCACAUGACAGACUGAACGACUGAUCGCCUCUGGCGAUCUUGUCUUCUUACAACGCCAUGACAGUUCGUAUCUCAUGUGCGGCUGAAGGCGCUCAGCUUUCAAAGGACUAACUUUCCUGUAAAGUAGCUUUAAUGCAGCCGAGUGCCGAGUUGUCUUUGUGUUUAAGGACAGGUUGAUCCUCAACCAGACUUUUUUUUUUUUUUUUGACGAUGGUCGCCGGAGGAGGUUCUGCCGAUUUUAACCCGUCGGUACCCAUCAAGAUCUUUUCGGCCGGGGCGGCCGGCUGCGUGGCGGACCUGGUCACCUUCCCGCUGGACACGGCCAAAGUCAGACUGCAGAUUCAAGGCGAAUCCAAGCCCUUGGUGAGAGGCCAGAGGGCCACAUACAGAGGAGUGUUCGGCACCAUCUUCACCAUCCGGAGGACCGAGGGUGCCAGGGGCCUGUACAACGGGCUGGUCGCCGGCCUUCACAGACAAAUGAGCUUCGCCUCGGUGCGAGUGGGCCUGUACGACAGCAUGAAGCAGUUCUACAGCAGGGGCUCGGAGAGUAAGUGCAGCCAUUUGGCGGAGAAAGAUGCCGGCAUCGCGGCCCGGCUGCUGUCGGGCUGCACCACGGGGGCCUUGGCUGUGGCCUUGGCCCAGCCCACCGACGUGGUGAAAGUCCGCUUCCAGGCGCAGGUACGCCUGCCCCAGGGCGGCUCGACGACCAGGUACGCCGGCACCAUGGACGCCUACAGGACCAUAGCCAGGGAUGAGGGCGUCCGAGGGCUGUGGAAAGGUUGCCUGCCAAACAUCACUCGCAACGCCAUCGUCAAUUGCUGCGAGAUGGUCACCUAUGACAUCAUCAAGGAGCGCAUCCUGCAGUACAAGCUGAUGACGGACAACAUGCCCUGCCACUUUACUGCCGCCUUCGCCGCCGGGUUCUGCACCACGGUGGUGGCGUCUCCGGUGGACGUGAUCAAAACGCGCUACAUGAACUCGGUGCCGGGCCAGUAUGGCGGCGCCGUCAACUGCGCCUUCACCAUGCUGCUCAAAGAGGGGGCCACCGCCUUCUAUAAGGGAUUCAUGGCCUCCUUCCUGCGCUUGGGCUCGUGGAACAUUGUGAUGUUCGUGAGCUACGAGCAGAUUAAAAGAGGUGUGGCUAAACUGCAGAAGUCCCUGGAGUCUUCGCUCUAACCCGCCUGGCAGGUUGUCGCUUUGUGUUGUGAAAUUUAAGUACGGUAUACCACUUAAAUAAAAUACAACUACACAUGACAGAAACGGCCCAGGAAGGUGUUUGGGCCUGACCUCUGCGAAUGGGUUUCCCACGCUAGUCGUGUUGUGCCUUUCCUACAAAAACAGCAUGUACGAUAACAUUUCUUAUCCAUCCAUCCGUGCAUUUUCUGUACCGCUUAACCUCACGCAGGUCGCGGGCGUGCUGCAGCCUAUCCCAGCUAUCUUCGGGCGAGAGGGGGGCUACGCCCUGAACCGGGGGCCAGCCAAUCGCAGGGCACAACCGCGAACAAACAAAACAACCAUUCGCACUCACAUUUACACCUAUGGGCAAUUUAGAGUCUUCAGUCAACCUCCCACGCAUGUUUUUUUUGUUUGUUUGUUUUUACCAAAAAUGCAACAAAAUGUUUUUUUUUAAAUCUGAAAAACAGAUCAACUAAACAAAAAAGACAAUAUACAUGCAUUUUAUUGUAUGAUAAAACUGGGAACUAAACAUUAAUUUGUAUGAUAUAUUGAAUUGAGAUUAAAUAAGAAAUAUCGUCCAAAUAACAGACAGAAAAUAGAUCAAAUAAAUUCAACAAUUAUGGUCAAUACAUGUUGUUUUUAAUAUUAGAAAAAAAAUAAAUGAUACAUAUUUAAUAGAAGUUUAUGUUGGAGACAAUUUUUUUUUUUUUUUUUUUAAACAGGUACGCCUUUGUGAAAACAAUAGAAAAAGCAAAACAUACGUGAAUUCAACCAUUUACAUACUCGGUAAGAUGAAGUUUUGUUGGCUUUGAAAGUUCCACUGUGGUUUAAAAGGACACUUCAGAGGCUAAUGACACUCGAGUUUAUUUCUUUUAGUUUUUCAUUAUUAUGGAUGGUGUGAUGAAUGAGUACCCUUUUUUACAGUCAAACUGGUGUAGCCUGUCCAUGAUUGUGUGUGUGUGUGUGUGUGUGCGCGCGCGCGCGCCACUACUACCACGACGCUGGGUGAGUUUUUGUUUUUAAGUGGAAUUUUUCGGGAUUUCUUUUUCUCUCGUUUAAAUUUGCAUUCAAGCUUGUGUCGAGUCAUUGUCACAAGGCCAUUGCGAACCAAGAUAAGAGUACACAGAAAUAGUGCAAUACUGAACAUGGACCCACUUUGUCUUCGUUUUUGUUUUACCAUCGUCUCAUGAAAUACUACAAAGACCUCUUGUGGAGGGCUCAGCACUUAUUUAACAUUGCCUUUGUUGACAGUGCAUUUAAAUGUGUCUCAGUUUCCUUGUUUGUGGCACAAAUAAACCUCGCAGAUGUGACUUGCUCAGAUCCAUUUGCAAAAUAAAUAAAAAAACAACCCUUGGGAAAAUAUUUUUUUCAGUCAGUUGUUUCGAUGACAGCGCUGACAAGCAAGAUUUUUGACUUUAAACAGUUGCUGUGAAUUUUGAACAGUUUGACUUGUAUUUUAUUUAUUUAAUUUUUUUGGAGAAGGUUAAAUUAAGUUCACAUGUAAAGGUUAAAGUGCAUUUUAGGUUCAUUCGAAUUUCACCCAAAAGCAGAAUAAAGUGGUGCCUUGAGAUACAAUUUUAAUUGUUACGUGACCACGAUCAUUACUGAAAACACUCGCAUCUCAAAUCAUCUUUCCCCAUUGAAAUGAAUGGAAAUGCCAUUAAUCUGUUGCCGUCUUGAUCUUCUUUCCUCCUGGGUGAGCGCAAAUGACUCUAAAAUAGUGCACAUUGUGUUCCACCCAAUAUUCAUGUACAAUAGUCUUUGUUGACAGAAAUGAAUGACAUCUCGCUUUGGGGCCGCCCGAUCGGGUUUUUCAGGAUGGUUUUGUUUGCACGCAAUUCCAGCCAAUGCAAGCCUCUUUCAAGCAAGACGUCCCACAGAUUUGCCACAUCAAAAGACAUUGAGCCACCAUUUCGCAUAUAUUAUGUUGAUAAUAUUGGUUGCAUGAAUUAGCUACAUUAGAAAGUGUUCAAUUUUGUGUGGGUUUUUUCUUUUUUUUAAACAAAAUAAAAACAAUUAAAAGCUGA